GUGAGCAAGGCGUCGUUUUCAAAGCUCGUUAACGGCUGUUGUCUUGGAGCUGUGUUUUCUGAAUCUGUAAACAAAACAACUUUGUGUUGAUAAACUCACACGGAGAUGUCGCCGUGACGAAGGCAGCAUUACAGCGAAGCGGCGCAGAUUUUGUGAUACCUCCUUGCCCUGAAGAAAAAAUGAGCAAGGACAACCUGGAUUUCACAGAAGAGGAAAUUCAGGAACAACUGGAACUCCUGGGAUACAAAAACAUACCAAAACACAGGCUACGUGAAUUCAAACAUGAUCUUGAUGAACUGAUUCAACAAGAAGAAUGGAAAAGCCUGACCUCACCCACUCAGAUGAACUCCACAAAAACGCACACAGACACAUGUCGACCGAGUCCUCCUGCCUACACCAAAGAGAAAAUUAGCCACAGCCACUUUGAAGAAUGUGGUGAAGGAUUUUUCAUAAAUGCUGGACAGGCUUACCAUGACAGACAGGUGCUUACCACUUGUCAGAACAGAGACUACAGAUGGCAGUGGGGACUUAGUGACUCGUACGCCCAGCACUCAGUGGCUUCGAAGGUCCAGCUGCCUCCAGGUGCUCCCAGCAGGCUGCAGGUGGAGCCAGAUCCUGACGACACCCUCCACCCGCUCACUGAUAGCUACACAUCCAGUCCUGACACCCAUGGGAGAAGCUUCAUCAAGAGAAAAGUCCUCAGGAAACAUAAAGGGCAGACUCUUGUGUGUGAUGAAUCAGUCUACAGUGAAGACUCAGUGAGCUGUCUGGAGGAUCGGCUGGCGGAGCUUCGUUUAUCCCCGUCAGCUCAGCGUGAGUUUGAAAGCGAGAAUGAAGACGUCAGCAGUCCAAGUGAAACACUGAGCUCAGAGGCAGAGGGAAUUUCUAUGAGUGCCUUCGAAUCCUACUUUAGAGGCAUGACUCGAUCUCACAGCGAUGGGGACAUCAGACCAAAACCAAAAUCCUUCAUCAGACCAGUGAUGAAUCCGCAAACCGUAAAGAAGACAGACCCAGUAGCCAAGUAUUUCCAUUAUAAGCAGCUCUGGGAAAUGUUUAAACUUCCGGGUGAGACGGACAGGAGGGUUCUCCGCCGGGAGAUAAAGGAACAGCUUGCAUACCAGCCUCCACCUCCUAAACCUCGCAGAGUUUAUGUGCCGAACACCUACACCGUGCCAACAGAGAAGAAGCGCUCAGCGCUGCGCUGGGAAAUCAGGAACGACUUGGCCAACGGUCUCUUGCCACACAAAUUCAGUUAUCGAUUUUAGUCCUUUAUGUCCAUCUGCCUUUAAGA